GUGACAAAGUGCGAGACCCUGAAAGAUCCACCUGGCUGGUGUUGAAGCUACGUCUCCAAACAUCGUGGACGGCUUCAUUAGGCAACCAGUUUAUAAGUCGAGUGUUUUCAAGUGUAGACCCGGCUUGACUUAAUUGUCACAUCAGACUGUGUUCAUCGAACACUCUCCUCCUCAGGACCGCCCAUUUACAUACGCCGCCCGUUGGAGAUGGACACUCUAGACCCGGCCACCGGCCGCUCACUCGGCCCCGAUGCUAUUCAGAGAGUGCUUUUCAUUGCCAACUCUGUCCACGUCUAUAACAUCCCACCUAUCGUUCCCGGAAAAGGCCAUGUUGCCGCGGGCUGGACAGCUGAUCCGCAGCGACAAAUCUUUACCUCGCGACUUCGGAUUAUUGAGACAUCAGUCACUCUGCCCAGCGGGGAAGAGAAGAUGAAGACAGACAUUGUCCUCGAGGACGCCAAGACGGGCCAGCUGUUUGCCGCCGCCCCUUAUACCACCCAAGCCAUUGUCGAGUCUGUCUCGGAUAGUUCACGGUUCUUUGCCCUCCGUGUGCAGGACGAGGCGGGCAGGAAAGCCACACUGGGCAUCGGCUUCGAGGAAAGACCAGAGGCUUUCGAUUUCAGCGUGUCGCUGCAAGAAGCACGCAAGAGUCUUGGCCUGGAGACUGGUCCGCCACAGAAACCUGGCAUGUCCAAAGCCGAUGGUGCAGAGAAGCGCGAUCUCAGCCUAAAGGAAGGAGAGACCAUCACAGUGAAUUUACCGGGGAGAUUCGCAAGGAAGAAACCCGAGGCUUCGACAUCAGGAGGGUCGCCAGGAUUAGGUCUUUCUGGGUUCUCAUUACCACCGCCACCAUCAGGCUCUGGCGUGAAGUCGGGAGGGUUAUUGCCGCCACCACCAAGUGCCCAGAGUGUCAGGGAUGCAAAACAAAAGACUGCGGCUCAAUUGGGUUUCGAUGACGGGAAAUUUGGCGAGUUCGCGUAGCUCGCGUCGGAGUUUCAUAGAUCGAGUAGACCUCAAGAUAGGAGUUGCUCAGUAUUUGUUGCGAACAUAUGCCUUGCAACCCAUCGGUUGGGAUGGGACCGCAUUGUAUCUGUUGAGGCGUUGAGCAAUACAAUGUAAGCGCAGAACUUUGAUACCAAGAAUCGCAUGAUCGCGCGCAAUUCGGACAGAUUAUUUCAGUUCAAGAAAGUCUGUGUACGAGCGGCUGGUCUUGUUAAACAUCAU